CUUAAUUACCCACCUUUUCCCCUAAUUACCCACCUUUUCCCCUUCAUUGCUCUGCUCCUUCCUUAUUUAUCCAGCUUUUUCCUUCAUGCCUUAGCCUUUUCCCUAAAUGCUCAGCUUUUUCCUUAACUAUCCAGCUUUUUUUCCCAGUGCUCGGCUUCUUUCCUCGUUGCUCAGCCUUUUUCCUUAAUUGUCCACCUCUUCCCUAAUUGCUCAGCUUUUUCCCCAAUACUCCGAUUGUUUCCCCAGUUACUCAGCUUUUUCCCUAAUUAUCCCUUUUCCCCUAAUUGCUCAGCUUCUUCCCUAUUACUCAGCUUUUCUCCUAAUUAUCCCUUUUCCCCCUAAUUGCUCAGCUCCUUCCCUAAUACUCAGCUUUUUCCCUAAUUAUCCAUCUUCUCCCCCAACGCUCAGCUUUUUCCCUCUUUUGGCUUCUUUCUUAAUUGCUCAGCUUUUUCCCUAAUUCCAGCGCUGAAAGGGGCUCCAGAAAAGCUGGGGAAGGGCUCUUGAUGAGGGAUAGGAUGAGGGGAAUGGUUUUCAGCUGAAAGAGGGGAGAUUGAGAUGAGAUCUUAGGGAGAAAUGUUUUGCUGUGAGGGCGGGGAGGCCCUGGCCCAGGGUGCCCAGAGCAGUGGUGGCUGCCCCAUCCCUGGAGGGGUUCCAGGCCAGGUUGGAUGGGGCUCGGAGCCCCUGAUCCAGUGGGAGGUGUCCCUGCCCAUGGAUGGGCUUUGAGGUCCCUUCCAGCCCAAACCACUCUGUGAUUCUAUGAAAUCCCGAGGCAGCGGUCGCUGCUGGGAUGUCAUCCAUGGCUUUCUCCGAGUCAGCAGCUCCCGUGUUUUUCGCUGGUGAGGAGCACGGAUGCUGCUGACGCGGGGAUGGGGAGAGCUGAGGUGCUGCACGGGGGUCCCUUACAGCAGGCAAAGAGGGAGCACAGGCGGGAGCGACGCGAAGCCGGGCAGAGAGCAGCGCUCCCACCCCAGAGGGGCUGUGUGAGAGCUCCAGGACUUUUCUCAGAGCUGGGGUAACGCUGCGGGAGGAGUGGGAUGCAGAGAGGGGCUUUUGAGUGCACUGCGUUAUUUCUGGUGCCCGGGGUUCGUUUUCCUCACGCUUCGUAGCGGCCAAGGGGCUGAUGUUUGGAUGACAGAGGAGGAGCGGCCGUGUCCGGGUUUGCUGCCGGGGUUGGUUCUGCUCUCUGAUGGAAAUGUGUGCGUGGAGAGGACAAAGUGCUGCUCGGCUUUGGGGAAGGAGGAUUCCGCUCUCCUCGAGCAGUGGCUGUUGUGUUCGGGGAGAGCGCUCCCGUCUGCUUCGCUGCAGACCCCGAACAGGCGCCUUGCUCUGCGGCAGGUCAUCGCCUUCCUGUCUCCUUUGUUACCCAUCGUCCUGGCACGCGUAUUCCUGGACGCCGACCGAGAAGACACGCGGGAAGCCUGCCUGGCUGCCAGCCUUGCUCUCGCCCUGAACGGGGUUUUCACAAACACGCUGAAGCUCGUCGUGGGCAGGCCACGGCCGGAUUUUUUCUAUCGAUGCUUCCCGGAUGGACGAGCGAACGCGGAGCUGGUGUGCACGGGUGACCCUGGCACUGUGAAUGAGGGACGCAAAAGCUUCCCCAGCGGACAUGCAUCGUUCGCCUUCGCUGGCCUCGCCUUCUCUGCCUUCUACAUAGCGGGGAAGCUGCGCUGCUUCGCUCCCGGCCGGAGAGGCAGCGCUCUGCGGCUCUGCGCCUUCCUCCUCCCGCUCUUCCUCGCCACUCUGGUCGCCGUGUCCCGCACCUGCGACUACAAACACCACUGGGAAGGUGGGUCGGCGUCUGCGGACCCACACGGGGGCACUGGGAGUGUGGGGGGCUCCGCAGAGGCGUUCGGAGCCCGCGAUGGCAGCUGCUCUGGGGAUGUGUUGGUCGGCUCGGCGCUGGGCUUCGUGCUCGCCUACCUCUGCUAUAGGCAGUACUUCCCUCCUCUGACAGACGCCGCGUGCCACAAAACGCUCCUCUACAAAGCCAAGCAGCUGCCAGCGCACCAGGAAAAGCCGUCGGCUUCCAGCUUUGACCUGGAUGUGUAGCGAAGGGCUGUGCCGGCCGCGCUCCCGCUGCUCCCUCGGCGCUGGGACGAGGGGAGGCUCGGGAGGGGUCGGUCGUGGUCUGCGAGAAGGAGCUGAAGUGACGAUGAGCCUGAAAGGCGUGCGGUGCCGGUAAGCUCUGUUCAGGGGUCUGUGCUGCUUCCUUAAGGGAAUUUUCGAGGCAUCCUUCCCUUUGGAGCGAGUGACGCACCCGGCGUGCGAGAGGACAGCCCGGUUCCGAAAGGGGAUGAGGGGAUGGAUCACAGCAGCGAUCCGAUGCGCCCGCCGGUGGGUGCUGCUCGUCCAGUCCUGCGGCACCGCCGUCUCCCUCCGAUCCAGCCCUUCUCAUAGGAAGCGCCUGUCGGAAUGAAGGGCAGGACCUGCGCCUGGCACCGGCUUUAAGCCCAUCUUUUUGAUUGCACCCGAGUUAAUUAGGAGUAAUGAGCGGGAAUUGGCAGGUUUUAACCAGGGAUUAAGUGGGAAGAGGGAAGGUGGAAGUGGCGCCGUUAUUUGUGUUACUGUGCCAGCCCUGAUUUUUAUUAAUUCACCAAAUAAAGGAUUUUUUUUAAUGAACUGCAGUACCAAAAUCUUUACUGCAAGGACCGGGGUUAUUGCUGGGCAGACCCUCGCCUGCAGGGGUUU